CCACAUCUUCAACAAUAAGUAAGACAAAUGGUGUCAUAGAGGACUCCGAGCCAGAAGGAACACCAGUCGCUGUUCACCAUAUUGGUGGCAGUGCUGUGAAUAGCCGGAAUCUUCAAAAAGCGUCGAAGAAAGCUCCACGGCCAGAUAUGCAUUGGUUGCGACCGGCUCGCAUAGAUGAGAAGACACGUACAGGCUUCGUCUCUCGAACAUUCCUAGUUCGUUACUGUGAGGAAGAAGUGAGGUUGAACGAGGUGUGCGUAUUUCGAUUGUGGCGAC